AUGGCGGCGCCACAUGGCGUUAUAGAGAAGAAUCUAAGCACUGGUUCCUUUGAAUUAAUCACUUCAGAGACGUUAUAUGGCUCUCAGGGUGGAUAUGGUGAUGCAGAUGACACUGGAUUUGGGCUGAGUGCUGGGGGGUCCUCAGACACCUCCCAUGGCUGUUUAGACCCUUCCAUACUUUCCAUUUUUGAGGACAGCGCAGCUGCUGGAGAAGAGAGCAGCAGGUUGGACGAAGAGAACGAGGCCACACUGCUCAGUGCACUCACUGAAAUACUUGACAACGUGGACGAUGAAACCCUGUCACCUUUUGACACCCUUCCCGACUCUGCCAUUUUCACAACCCGGAAAGAGCAGACAAACUGUCCGUUGCGGAAGCUCCUGGGUCUGCCGCGGGCUCAGUGCACCAAAGAGCCAGCCGCUCAAAGCCCAGUUUCCACUGAAACCCUGACUUAUUGGCCAACUGAGGGUCCGUUUUCAGACAGGAGGAGACAGCCGAGUGCACAGAAGAGAGAUGCGGAAGAUGAGGAGGAAGAGAUCAGGAAUUGCCCUCAGAGAACUUUCUGGACUAAGUCUGAUCCACCUUGCCCUGAUCCACAGAACCCAAAAGGUGAUGAUCACGACGGCUACAGACCUCUGUCCCUUGUUGACCUCGUGAAACACAUGCAUUCGUACUGCCUCACAGAAGCUUUGGAGGAUAGAAAAGAUGGGGUAAAAGGGAGUAAGGAAGAUACCCACGAGCUUGUAGAUGAUGACAUAAUUCUGGAUGUUGUGAAUGUUGACAAAGAGGAGGAAAGUACCCCUGCAAUAAGCUGCUCCCCACAGGAGAACACUCAGCAGAGUAUGUUUCAGGAACGAGUAGGGACAGGUGCUCAGGGGUCCUCCACCCGUGUCUUUAAUAAGUCCGGAAGUCAAGACGAGCGAGUCCACCAGGAAAGGAAAACUAUUUUUGUCACAUGUAGCUCAACAGAGACGCCUCAGAGGAGUGCUUUAGCCAAGCACAACACUGGGAAGGAGAAGAAAAGGGUGACUUUUGCAUCUGAUUUGACCUUGUACCAUGAAAUCCCACAAGAGGAAACCCUUGGCGAUCCGUCAGAAACCCCAGUUUUAGACUGCAGUGAAAGCGAACGCGCGGUGCGCGACACUGAAGGUGACAGCAGCGCAGUAAAUGUAGGUUCCCCAGCUCCGUCCGUCUCGGACGACCAAGAAACCACAAAGAUCUCCCCUCAACAACACGAAUCCAAGCCAAAAGCAUUGAGUCUGCAGGAGUACCGUCUCCUCAGACAGAAAAAGAAACCCCCAGUGGUCAAGAAACACGUGGACCCGAGAACCAAGUGGCCCUCUCUGCCAGAGCCGCCCAGUGAACUUCCUCCUAUUCCUUGUUUACCAGGAUUCCAACCUCCACCGUGUACCUCUAAAGCGCAGAAUGUCUCCCCUGUUGCUCCAGUUUCUGUGUUAAAAUCCAAAGGAGACAAGUCUGUCAAACCUGCUCCGGUUACAGCGUCCCCUCUUAAACGCCGCGUCGCUAAAAGAGUGCUUGUACAAACCUCAGACCCACCAAACCCUGUAAGAGUACCACUUCAGUUUCCAGCCUCCUGCCACACAGAAAGCAAAGGAGAAUCCCCCUCCUCAUCUACUGUAGCUAAAGUACGUCUGUGUGACAAAGUUCUACCUGAGAUCGACGUUCAACAUGUAAAGAAACAGGAAGACCUCUUACCACAGGAUACCACACCUGAUAAGCCACAAACGCAGCCUGUAAUAGACCAGACCCUUGGCACAUUAAAGCAGGCUAAUUCUCUGUCCCAAAAGAUGGUUGCGUCGUCUUCAGUUAGUGAGACUCCUUCUGCGGAGGUCAGAGAACCAGUGUGUCCUGCUACCACAACUGUCAGUACCUCCAUUCAAGUAGUAAAUCCAGCUCAAGAUCCAGUUGUACAAAAACCAGUGCAGACGACACAGAACAAUCCUCCCUCUGCACAGAUCUCUGCAGGCACCAACAAGAGCUGCCCUGAAGGGCAGCAAAUUCAGGCAUCAAGUGCUGAGAUGGCAAUAGAAGCCAGUGACCUGACCAGCCUUCUGGAGCAGUUUGAGGAAACUCAAGCCAGUGGAGCACAGGAGUCCUUAGGGGCUUGCCAAGAUGGGAAACCAGACAUGGGAACUCAAAAUGGCAAAGGUCCAGAUCUAUGCAGCACUGCAUGGUUAACACCUCCCGCUACACCUCCCCACCAAAUAUGGAAGUCCUUUGCUGCACCGCAGGGCCCAAAGCAUCGAGAGGUCAUCAGACCGUCUCCGGCUAAGACCAUCCAAAUCAUUGAGCCUCGCCCUCUGCCCCCUAGUAAGGCUCAUGCCAAGGCCCUCGUGUCUACGGCCACUCCCUCCCCAUUGCAGUCUGUGGCUUUCCCGGACCAUGACUACUGCUUAACUCAGGGAAAACAAGCGGUUGCUCAGAUCCAAACCAGUAAAAGAUUUUCAGCCAUUGACACAAACCCUAGACCUCCCUCUGCAAUUAGCAGUAAUUAUAAGGAAACUGUCUGUCAGAAGCCCUUGGAUUACAGGACUUUGCCUGAAACGGGGCCUUUUUCAGGCUCAGUUCUGCUCUCUCCAGAAAGCUCCCCUUGCAGAAUGGAGGACAGUUCUGCUGAUACUUUUGAAGGGGAGUCUUCAAGGACACGUUACUCCCCACACCCUUCCAGCUCGCCGGUUAGAGGUCGAACAAGGUCCAGGCGGUACCGCAGGUGGUCUCAGAGCCCUGACUCCAGCUCACGGUCGUCGUCCUGCUCUUGCUCUUCCUCGGCCUCUUCCUCUUCCUCUCGUUCUAGGUCUCGUUCCCCACUCAGAAAGAGAUUCAGAUCCAGACGCUCAGAAAGCAGCUCCUGUUUAUCCUCCCGAUCCACCUCCCGCUCGCCGUCUCGCUCGCCCGUCUGUCGCCGUCGCUACCGUUACUCCAGAUCAAGAUCCAGAUCGUGGGGCCGAUCUGGCUCAGGAUCUUGUUCUCGUUCUCCACAGCCAGACUGGAAUCAGAGGUGGAGAGACUGGCACAGAAGAAGGGACCACAGCAGACAUCAAGAUAAGAGGAUUCGCAAGCAAAGAGCCAUUGAGGAGCGAAGAGUGGUGUAUGUAGGACGCAUCAGAGGGACCAUGACCCAGGCUGAGCUCAGGGAUCGGUUUUCCGUGUUCGGGAUGAUUGAGGACUGUACCUUACAUUUUAGAAAUCACGGGGACAACUAUGGUUUUGUCACCUACUACAACACAGACGAUGCCUUUGCUGCCAUUGAGAACGGAGGAAACCUGAGGCGGGAGGAUGAGCUUCCCUUUGAUCUUUGCUUUGGUGGAAGGCGGCAGUUCUGCAAAUCAAACUAUGCAGAUCUAGAUUCCAACAGAGAUGUUGACCCAGCCCCUACCAAAAGCAAAUUCAGCAGCAUUGACUUUGAUACUUUGCUGAAGCAGGCUCAGAAGGGGCUGAAAAGGUAGCAGCAUGUGCCCAUGCCGACGGAGAGAUGGACAGAAGGCUAACAGGGGAAAAAAAGAAAAAGAAAUGUGUGAUUAGAGGAGACCAAAUUUUACCUCAGAGCAAAACAAAGCUCUUUUUGUUAGCACUAACCCUUUGCUUCCUUUACCCUUGCUGUAAAGUAAGAUCCAUGGUUUAAGUGAAAAUUUGUAAGA